AUGUCCCUCCGGCAUAUCCUCAACGACGACCCGCCACCCCACUCGCCCGGAAUACCACCCCACCCAUCUGCUACGAACGGUGGACCUGCGCUCGUCGCACCGCAGGCUGCGCACGCCCCCGCCCCGCUAUCUCCAGGCCUGCAAGUGCCCCGCGAGGGCCGUGCACGGUCUACCGCGCGCGAGGUGGAACAGCCACCGAGCUCACGCGAGUACUACCAGCCUCAUACCGCCGGAUACCAUAGCCCCGCAGGGUGGGAGCAUCACAAUGGCGAUAGGCUCGAGGGCGACGAGGUUCCUUCUGGUCCCAGCAGUUCGUACUAUGCUGAGCAGGACGAAAGCGCAACGCCAUCUCCGCGCACGUCCAAUGCAACACCGCUCGGGUUGAGGCAGAAGGAGGGGUCGGUGGAGAUCAAUGGGAGGAUUCUGAGGAAGAGGAAAUUGCCCGACGAUGACGAGGACUACCGGCCUCCUGGGCAGAAACGCCAGUCGCGCCGGCCAGGAUUACGGUCGCGUCCACAACAGCGCAACCAGACCCCUACCUCAGAAAUAGUGGAAGAUACCCCCGUAGAGGAGCCCCCGGAGUCUGCAGAGGAAGACCCGAAGCCUUCGUCGGACCUAGAGGAAUGUCAGGAGCUGUGGUGGGACGAACUAGGGAAUUAUGCUAUGGAAACCCACAAGAGGCAAAAGCAGGUCGACGUCUGGUUUUCCCAGUGGAUCAUCGAACGCGACUCGAUUACCGCGUACAGAAUGUCCCACCACUAUAGGGACAGACUUGCACGUAUACCUCCUCCCCCGCCGCCACCUCUGCCACAGCCCAAAGUGGACGAAGAGUAUUUGCUCAAGCUCAAGAUGCGCGUACCGUCGCCGUCUAUCUCCGACGGGUACGACCUCGGACAGCCCGACUUCCAUUCCGAUGGAAUCACGUUCGUCGGACAGGAUGAAAACGGUCGUGACCUGGACGAGCCCUCAAUCAGCAUUCGGCGGAAAGGAAAGGGCAAGGAGGUCGCCAAACGACCUCCUGCAGGUGUCGCGUCGGACAGCGACAGCGAUGUAGAUAUUCCGAUCAGCGCCAUGCGCCCUCCGGCCAAGAAGCGGCGGAUCGAGAAGGGCGACGGAGACGACCGGUCGCUGCUGGACGAGCCACUGUCCGUGGCAUCCCCGGCAAACAAGUUGCUUGCGGGCGCGAAGGGGAAAGGCAGAGGCAAGCGGGAGCAAAGUACCGACAGUGUAUCUGCGACACCAAAAGGUCGCAAACGUGGCGGCCCUCGCAAGAAGCUGGACGCCCUUCCGCCCGCGACGCAGGAGCUGCUUGGGGUGGACUCCGCUGCCGCGUCGGUGUCCGGCGAUGCCACCCCCGCUGGCUCGCGGCCCGCGUCUCCUGCGCCUACUAAUAUGUCCUCCACUAUGUAUGAGCUUGACGAGGUCAUACCGCCGCUCAGGAAAGCACGGAAGAUCGACGACUCGGCUAUGGUGAAGCGGCUGAAGACUCUAGAGGAGGCUCAACGCAAAGUCUGGAUGAACAUCGCCAGACGGGACGUUGCAAAGGUCUACAAGUAUCACGUCGCAGGAUACCAGACCAAGAAACAGCAACUGGGCCGUCUUGCUACACUGUCGUCUAUCCAGGCUCGCCGUCCUUUCCUCAAGACGGCUAAGGCGACGAAGGACGUGCAGGCCAAGGCUAAGAGGCUCAUGCGUGAGAUGCUCGUGUUCUGGAAGAAGAACGAGAAGGAGGAGCGCGAAGUGCGGCGGCGUGAGCAGAAGGAGGCGGUCGACCGCGCCAAAGUCGAGGAAGAGAAGCGCGAGGCGGCACGGCAGGCCAGAAAGCUGGAGUUCCUGAUCAGCCAGACGGAGCUGUACAGCCAUUUCGUCGGGAACAAGCUCAAGACUGCCGAGUUGGAAGGAGACGGCGCCGCUGCUCAGGCCCCGGCUGGUGCUGCUUCCGCGGAGAACGAGAAUGACGCGCUGCAGGAUAUCGACUUCGACGACGAUGAUGAGUCGAACAUGCAGCGGCAUGCUCGUCACAACGCUCAAGCUGCUAUUGCCAUGGCGAAGAAGAAGGCUCAAGAGUUCGACACUCAAGCAUCUUUGGAGCGGAAGACCAACGAAGCGCUCAAGCUUGCCAAACGCCAGGCGCAUAUUCAUGCUGAAGAGACUGUGGAAGGGUCGAGUACCGGCACGCCUUUGGUCGAUCUCGAUUCGGACGAGCUCAACUUCCAGAACCCAACGUCGCUGACGGGCGAGCUGACCAUCGCUCAACCAAAGAUGCUCAUGGCAACUCUAAAGGAGUACCAGAUCAAGGGUCUCAACUGGCUCGCUACCCUCUACGAGCAGGGCAUCAACGGGAUUCUCGCCGACGAGAUGGGUCUCGGCAAGACGGUCCAAUCAAUUUCGCUGCUUGCCUACCUUGCCGAGACGCACGAUAUCUGGGGGCCGUUCCUUGUUGUGUCUCCCGCGUCGACACUGCACAACUGGCAGCAAGAGCUUACUCGCUUUGUGCCGAAGUUGAAGGCACUGCCUUACUGGGGUAACCCGAAGGACCGUGCAACGCUGCGGAAGUUCUGGAGCAAGAAGGAGAUCAGCUACGACGAGGACGCCCCGUUCCAUGUUCUCAUCACAAGCUACCAGCUGAUCAUACAAGACCAGCAGUAUUUCCAGCGUGUGAAGUGGCAAUACAUGAUCCUGGAUGAGGCGCAGAACAUCAAGAACUCGUCGAGUGCACGCUGGAAGACGCUGCUCGGCUUCCAGUGCCGCAACCGUCUGUUGCUCACCGGUACCCCUAUCCAGAACUCGAUGCAGGAACUUUGGGCAUUGCUGCACUUCAUCAUGCCUAGUUUGUUCGACUCCCACGACGAGUUCAACGAGUGGUUCUCGAAGGAUAUCGAGAACGCGGCAGAGAACAAGGGCAGCAAGCUGAACGAGCACCAGCUCCGCCGUUUGCAUAUGAUCCUGAAGCCCUUCAUGUUGCGUCGGGUGAAGCGUCAUGUGCAGAACGAGCUCAGCGAGAAGAUCGAAGAGGACAUCUACGUCGAUCUCAGUGCUCGGCAACGAUCGCUGUACAAGGGGCUGUUGGCCAACGUCUCCGUACAAGACCUGCUGGAGAAGGCGGCGAACCUAGGCGACGCAGACUCCGCCCGCUCGCUGAUGAACCUCGUCAUGCAGUUCCGAAAGGUUUGCAACCACCCGGAGCUGUUCGAGCGUGCAGACGUAGUCGCGCCCUUCUCCUUCUCUGAUUUCGGCCGCUCCGGUCCGCUCAACCGCGAGGGCGACUUCGUCCAGCUUCCGUACUCGACCCGCAACCCUAUCGAGUACACGAUACCCAAGCUAUUCUACGAAGACGGCGGUCUCUUGGAUGUGCCGCACGAGAACUCCUUGAACCGUACUGGUGAUGGACCCCUCGCGAGGAUGAUGAACAUUUGGUCAACCGACAUGGUUCAUCGUUCGUUGCAGGAUGACAACCAUUCCGCAUUUGCCUUCCUCAGGUUCAUCGACAUGUCCCCGGCGGAAGCCAGUGCAACGCACACAUCAUCCACUCUUGCUCGACAACUCCGGGCUUUGCAGCAAGACCAACGGCGAAACGAGUUUGAGCCAUACAAGGAGGACGCGCUCUUUGUUGCACACUCUGCUUCACAUCCUUUCACGUUCUCUCCGCUGGCCCGUCUUGCGAACCUCGAGAUCGCCGAGGGAUUGCCCAGCCUGCGUGAAAUUUCAACAGUCACAUGGGCGUCCUCGUGUCUCUCUCGUGCAGAGCUACGGUGGUUUAUUCCUCAUGCCCUCGCCCCUCCGAUCUCGGUGUACAGCGCCGACAGGACAUUCGUGGAGCGUCAGAUACAAGUUGUCGAGGCGCCCAAAGAGUCACUGGCGCUCUUCGGUCUGCCCCAGCGGAUGUGGGACUCUGAGUCCGAGAUCGCGGCAUUCCAGGAGGAGGUCGGCGACGUCCCUCCCGCAGGUAUCGUGGGCAUCUCCCCAAUCAACCAACUGCCUCCGGCGCCCAUGCAGGUGCCGGAAGCGAAGAGGUUGAUUUACGACUCCGGCAAGCUUGCGCGCCUGGACGCUCUGCUGCAGCAGCUGAAGACCGGCGACCAUCGCUGUCUCAUCUACUUCCAGAUGACGCGGAUGAUGGACCUCAUGGAGGAGUAUCUGAUCUACCGUCAGUACAAGUACCUUCGCCUCGAUGGUUCGUCGAAACUGGAGGAUCGUCGCGACAUGGUCAUGGAAUGGCAGACAAGGCCGGAUAUCUUCAUCUUCAUCCUGAGUACGCGUGCGGGUGGUUUGGGUAUCAACCUGACCGCUGCGGACACCGUCAUCUUUUACGACCACGACUGGAACCCGUCCAACGACGCGCAAGCUAUGGAUCGUGCCCAUCGUCUCGGUCAGACCCGCCAGGUCACUGUCUACCGGCUGAUCACAAAGGGCACGAUCGACGAGCGGAUCGUCCAGCUGGCAAGAGUCAAGAAAGAUGUGCAAGACAUUGUUGUCGGUAACAAGACGUUCACCGACGUCACGAAGCCAAGCGAGAUCGUGCAGUUGCUUCUCAAUGAGGACCAAUUGGCGAGCCUUGAAGCUAGCGGCGGCACGUCUGGAAAGGCGGCCGGGAAGAAGCCCGCCGGGGCGGAUGCUCCCGUCCAAGAUCUAUGGAACGAGGAAGGAGACGAGUUCUUCGGCCAGUCCUCCGCAGGCCAAGGAGGCAAGGGCGCUGGCCAAGAGGACAACGAGGACGAAAGUGUCCCCGCCACACCCGCACCUCGCGGGAGGAGGGGACGAGGACGCGGGUCACGAGGCGGUGGGGCGGGACGAGGAGGAAGGCCAAGAGGUCGGGGCCGCGGAAAGGCCAACGUCGCGGCAGGGGACAACGGCUCAUGAUCGUGCCAUCACCAGAACUCAGAACUCUCUCACCAUUCCGUCGUAUCUCAUGUUCACUUACAGGUAGUGUAUGUCUGUUGCUCUAAGCCUGCUCCGCUCUCGCUCGUUAUACUGUAUUGCGAUCUAGAAUCACGUUCCCGCCAUUGUGUACUCGUACUUUA